CUUUUCUGGAAGGACCUGAUGCAUCGUGUUAAUGAUCUGCUCUCUCUCUCUCUCUCUCUCUCUCUCGCUCUCUCUCUCGCUCUCUCUCUCUCUCUCUCUCGCGCUCUCUCUCUGUCACGCUCUUCCUCCCUCUCUCUCUCUCUCUCUCUCUCUCUUUUUAACCUCUCUCUAUUGGCCUGUCAGAGGAGUGGAGAGUCUCAUUUCAUAUCACAACGUCUGUGCAGGGAGCAACAGCAGAAAUAAUCCAGCCAGCAGGUCGAAGAGACUGUGUGGAUCACGCCCCCCUCUGUCUCAGCUUUAUGCUCUUUCCUUCUUUCACUAACACCAGUAACACCAUUUCACACUAUUUUCCCUCGUUCUCCCUCUCUUUCUUUCUGUCUGACCAACCCAUUUUCCUGUCUUUUCCUAACUCUGUUUGUUUUUGUGUCUCUCCUCCCAUUUUUGUGGGUCUUUGUCUCUUUCUCUUUUGGAAGAGCGUCUCCAAUCUCCAGCCUCAGGUAGGGAGGACCACAUCCAGCCAGGAAUACACUCCUUCAAUCUAUCGCUCUCUUUCCUUCUUUAUCAUCAUCCUAACAUCCUCCUCCACCUCCUCCUCAUCUUCCUCCUUCGCCUUUAUCUCUCCACUCUCCUCCUGCCUCCACACCCUGUCUCUGAGUGCGCUGGAGAGAGUCGCCAAUUGCGCACGGCAAAGGCAGCAAGUGGGAGUGGACCUCGGCGAGCGUGCUUGCAAGUGUGUGUGUUUGUGAACGUGGAGAGGAAGAGGAGAGGAGGAGGAGGAGGAGAGCAUCAGCACAGUCCUCCCAGUCUCUCUUCUCUUCACGCGCACUCCCACUCUGCAUGGAACAAUCCUUCCUUCACUGCUUCUAAAUGGACAUUUCUGUGACAACGUUUCACCAGUGAAGACAGCAGCUGCUGCCGCUCCACUCCACAAGCUCCUUCAUGCUGGAUUAAAAAAAAAAGUGAGGAGAGGAGAGGAACAGGGGGAGAUCUCUGAACAUGAGUGAGGAAGCUAAGGAGAAAACAGGCGGCGGGAAAGCAGCCCAUCGCAAGAAGAAAGGAAAAAAGUCUGACAGUAAUGCCAGUUACCUGCGAGCUGCCCGGGCAGGGAACCUCGAAAAGGUUCUUGACUACCUCAAGUCUGGGGUUGAAAUUAACAUUUGCAAUCAGAAUGGUUUGAACGCUCUUCAUCUUGCCUCCAAGGAGGGGCAUGUAGAGGUUGUUGCUGAACUGCUGAAGCUUGGAGCCGCUGUGGAUGCAGCCACGAAGAAAGGAAACACUGCUCUGCACAUAGCCUCACUGGCUGGCCAAACGGAAGUCGUCAAAGAGCUGGUCACUAAUGGAGCCAAUGUCAACGCACAGUCUCAGAAUGGCUUCACUCCUCUGUACAUGGCAGCCCAGGAGAAUCACCUGGAGGUGGUACGGUUCCUUCUGGAGAACAGCGCCAGCCAGAGUAUGGCCACUGAGGAUGGCUUCACGCCUCUGGCGGUGGCACUCCAGCAGGGCCAUGACCAGGUGGUCUCCUUGCUACUGGAGAACGAUACAAAGGGCAAGGUACGCCUGCCUGCCCUGCACAUCGCUGCCCGCAAGGAUGACACCAAGGCCGCGGCCCUGCUCCUGCAGAAUGACCACAAUGCGGAUGUUGAGUCUAAGAUGAUGGUGAAUAGAACAACAGAGAGUGGUUUCACCCCUCUCCACAUCGCGGCUCACUAUGGCAACAUUAACGUGGCCACACUCCUGCUGAACCGAGGCGCUGCUGUGGACUUCAUGGCUCGGAAUGACAUCACACCACUUCAUGUGGCAGCAAAAAGGGGCAACAGCAACAUGGUCAAGCUGCUCCUGGACAGAGGGUCCAAAAUUGAUGCAAAGACCAAGGACGGUCUGACACCUCUUCACUGUGGGGCGAGGAGUGGACACGAGCAGGUGGUAGAAAUCCUACUAGACCGAGGAGCACCUAUCCUAUCCAAGACCAAGAACGGCCUGUCACCGCUCCACAUGGCCACUCAGGGGGACCACUUGAACUGCGUCCAGCUCCUACUCCAGCAUGACGUGCCUGUGGACGACGUCACCAACGACUACCUAACGGCGUUGCAUGUCGCUGCCCACUGUGGUCACUACAAGGUGGCAAAACUCAUCGUGGACAAGAAGGCCAACCCGAAUGCCAAGGCCCUGAAUGGUUUCACUCCACUUCACAUCGCCUGCAAGAAGAACAGAGUCAAAGUGAUGGAGCUGUUGCUUAAACAUGGAGCUUCUAUCCAGGCUGUCACUGAGUCUGGCCUGACACCCAUCCAUGUGGCAGCCUUCAUGGGCCAUGAGAACAUUGUCCAUGCUCUGACACACCAUGGAGCAUCACCCAACACCACCAACGUACGCGGUGAGACAGCUCUCCACAUGGCAGCCAGGGCAGGGCAGACAGACGUAGUCCGAUACCUGCUGAAGAACGGAGCCAAGGUGGAGACCAAGUCCAAGGAUGACCAGACUGCGUUGCACAUCUCCAGUCGGCUAGGGAAAGUCGACAUCGUCCAGCAGCUGCUGCAGUGCGGCGCCUCUGCCAACGCUGCCACCACCUCAGGCUACACCCCCCUUCACCUGGCUGCCCGCGAAGGACACCAAGAUGUUGCUGCCAUGCUGCUGGAGAAUGGAGCAUCGCUCUCCUCCUCAACUAAAAAAGGGUUCAGUCCCCUGCAUGUGGCAGCAAAAUACGGCAAGAUGGAAGUUGCCAGUCUCCUCCUACAGAAGAGAGCUGCGCCUGAUGCUGCUGGAAAGAGUGGGCUAACUCCACUGCAUGUAGCCGCUCACUACGAUAAUCAGCGAGUGGCACUGCUGCUGCUGGAUCAGGGAGCUUCCCCACACGCUGCCGCUAAGAAUGGCUACACCCCACUCCACAUUGCUGCCAAAAAGAACCAAAUGGACAUUGGGACCACACUGCUGGAGUACGGCGCAGACACCAACGCGGUGACACGGCAAGGCAUCAGCCCCAUUCACCUGGCAGCGCAGGAGGGCAGCGUGGACCUGGUUUCACUGCUGCUGACCAAGAAUGCCAACGUCAAUGUGUGCAAUAAGAGUGGACUUACACCACUCCACUUGGCAGCUCAGGAGGACAAGGUCAAUGUUGCAGAAGUCCUCCUCAACCACGGGGCUGAUGUCAACCCACAAACAAAGAUGGGUUACACUCCGCUGCACGUGGCUUGUCACUAUGGCAACGCAAAGAUGGCAAACUUCCUGCUGCAGAACCGUGCCAGAGUCAAUGGCAGAACCAAGAACGGAUACACUCCUCUCCACCAGGCAGCUCAGCAGGGCCACACCCACAUCAUCAACCUGCUGCUUCAGCACGGGGCCUCGGCCAACGAUCUCACCGUGAAUGGGAACACUGCCCUAUCCAUCGCCCAUCGACUCGGGUACAUCUCUGUGGUGGACACUCUGAGGCCCAUGACGGAUGAAAACCUGACUGCCAUGAGUGCAUCAGAAAAACACAAAAUCAAUGUCCCAGAGACAAUGAAUGAGUUCCUUGACAUGUCAGACGAUGAAGUCCGGGCUAAUGUGCCAGAAAUUCUCGAUGAGGAAUCUUUUUCUGAUGUUGAUGAAGGUGAGGAUGCGAUGACCGGGGACACGGACAAAUACUUGCGGCCUCAGGACCUCAAAGAGCUUGGGGAUGACUCUCUCCCUCAGGAGGGGUACAUGGGUUUCAGCAUAGGAGCCCGCUCAGCCAGCCUCCGCUCCUUCAGUUCGGAUAGGUCCAACACACUCAACCGGAGCUCGUUUGCACGAGACAGCAUGAUGAUUGAAGAGAUUCUGGCCCCUACGAAGGACACACAUCUGGCUGUGACGAGAGACUACAGCUCAGAGUGCAUGCGGCGCUACAGCUGGACUCCAGACACCAUGGACCACAGCCACAACACUGUGUCCAGCCCCAUUCACUCUGGCUUCUCCUCCCCGCUCCCUCAGUAUGACUCCAGGUUCUUGGUCAGCUUCAUGGUGGACGCCCGUGGCGGCUCCAUGAGAGGCAGCCGCCACAAUGGCAUGCGCAUCAUCAUCCCUCCCAGGAAGUGCACAGCACCCACACGCAUCACCUGUCGCCUGGCCAAAAGGCACAAGCUGGCCUACCCCCCUCCCAUGGUGGAGGGAGAGGGGCUGGUCAGCCGGCUGGUGGAGGUCGGUCCGGCCGGGGCUCAGUUCCUCGGUCCUGUUAUUGUGGAGAUCCCUCAUUUUGGUUCCAUGCGGGGGAAAGAGAGGGAGCUGAUCGUGUUGAGGAGUGACAAUGGUGAUACAUGGAAGGAGCACCAGUCUGACGCCAGACCAGAGGACCUUGUUGACCUGCUCACUGGGAUGGAUGAAGAGCUGGACAGCCCUGCUGAGUUGGAGAAGAAGCGUAUUUGCCGCAUUGUCACCAGAGAUUUUCCUCAGUAUUUCGCUGUGGUGUCACGGAUAAAGCAGGAGUCUAACCACAUGGGUCCUGAUGGAGGCAUGCUGUCCAGCAGCACUGUGCCCAUGGUCCAGGCAUCAUUCCCACAGGGGGCGCUCACCAAGAGGAUUCGUGUUGGCCUGCAGGCCCAGCCUGUACCAGAUGACAUGGUGAGGGCAGUCCUUGGUAACAGAGCCACCUUCAGCCCCAUCGUCACUGUAGAGCCCAGGAGGAGGAAGUUCCACAAGCCGAUCACAAUGACGAUCCCCGUUCCACCUAGAUCGGCAGAAGGCCAUCCCAGUGGCCACCGAGGCGACUCUGCACCCUGCUUACGUUUGCUGUGCAGCAUCACAGGAGGGACGUCCCCUGCCCAGUGGGAGGACAUCACAGGGACCACACCACUGUCCUUUGUAACCGACUGUGUCUCCUUCACCACAAAUGUGUCGGCCAGGUUCUGGCUCGCAGACUGUCACCAGAUUCCUGAGACGGUGAGUCUAGCGUCUCAGUUAUACCGGGAACUGAUCUGCGUGCCGUACCUGGCCAAGUUUGUGGUGUUCGCCAAGAUGAACGACGCUGUUGAGGCUCGGCUGCGCUGCUUCUGCAUGACAGACGACAAGGUGGACAAGACCCUUGAGCAGCAGGAGAACUUUGAGGAAGUGGCGCGGAGCAAGGAUAUUGAGGUUCUCGAGGGCAAGCCUAUCCAUGUGGACUGCUAUGGCAACCUGUCCCCUCUCACCAAAAGUGGCCAGCAGUUGGUUUUUAACUUCUACUCCUUCAAGGAAAACAGACUUCCUUUCAAUGUGAAGAUCAGAGACAUGGGCCAGGAGCCAUGUGGCCGCCUCUCCUUCCUGAGAGAGCCAAAAUCCACUAAAGGCCUUGCACAGACUGCCAUAUGCAAUUUGAAUAUCACACUGCCAACCCACAAGAAGGAUAUGGAGUCUGAUCCUGAUGAUGAGACUGAAAAGCCAGAACGACGUCAUACCUUUGCCUCCUUAGCUUUGCGUAAGCGCUACAGCUAUUUGACCGACCCAGCAGCGAAAACAACUGAUCGAAGCUCGCCGAGAACACAGCCUUCUAGCUACCCUCACAAACCUGUCUUUUCAACGAGAUCUUAUCAGGCGUGGUCGCCUGUUCCUGUCGCCGUCCCUGGCCAAGCCAAGUCUGGGUUUGGCUCCCUCUCCAGUUCAUCAUCCAACACGCCCUCUGCCUCUCCAUUAAAGUCUGUCUGGUCCAUCAACUCUGCCUCCCCAAUCAAGACCAACAUCCCUGGAUCACCUGCCUCCUCUGUUAAGUCAGUUAGUGACAUGGCCUCUCCCAUCAGAUCUUACAGAACCAUCUCCUCUCCUAUAAAAACUGUAGUCCAACAAGCCCAGUACCCAACCCAGGUCUCCCCAAGUCCAUUGGCCUCACCAGGGAAAAGUGCCCCAGACCCUAUAUCUAUGAAAGGACUGGCUGCAUUAUCUGCUAGGACCUCUCCAAUAACAGUCUCUGGAGGAGGAAGCACUCUUCUUGAGAGAACAUCUAUAGGCAUGACCCCACCAACCUCUCCCAAGUCUUCUCUGAGUAUGUUCAGUUCACCCCUACCAUACAAGACUGUUAUGGGGGGCUCUAGUGGCACAGCAUCUUCCUCCUCACCCAUAAAAACAGUCCCUGGUCUCUCCUCUGUGCGUUCCUUUGCUUCAGAUGUCACUGGCCCUGCAAGAAACCUGUUCUCAUCUCUUUCUUCACCACUUAAAUCCAACCCCUCUCCAAGUGCUGCAGCUUUGAUCAAUGGAACUGUGUCACCUACACAGUACCGCUCUUCAUCCCCAACAUCUCUUCUCGCCAGCAGUCUGCAAGAAAGAAUACAAGCAACCACCAAUGCUGCAACUACAAGUGUCAAUGCAGCCUUUGAUGAGGUUGAAAAAACAUUUAAUUCUUGUUCUGCGGGCUAUGGCACCUUGAAGUCCUUGUCCUCUUCUGCAUCCUCCUCAUAUCAGUCCAUGAGAUCUUCAGCUUCUAGUUCCCUUUAUGCCUCUCUAAGAACCACUCCAAAUGCCACCACUGCUGUAACGUCCAGUACAAUGACUGUUCCAGUGUACUCCGUUAUUAAUGUCCUGCCAGAGCCCCAGUUUAAAAAGUUACCUGAGGUGUCCAAGUCAGCUGCUGCCCUCCUGUCCCCGCGGAAGACUGUGCCGGCUGAGGUGAAUGCUCAGUUGCAGUCUUCCUUUGCUAGAACUCUUUCCCCCAUCAAAGCCCCUCUUUUUUCUGCUGGCAUGAAAUCAAACACCACAUCACCACUGUCAUCCAGCCAAGAGAUUCUGAAGGAUGUAGCUGAAAUGAAAGAGGACUUGAUACGAAUGUCAGCCAUUUUGCAGACAGACCCAAAUUCCACAGCCAAUAAAGGAUUUCAGUCGGAUUCUCCCAAAGAGGCUAAGAUAGAGGACGAGGAGCCGUAUAGGAUUGUGGAGAAAGUAAAACAAGAUUUGGUAAAAGUGAGUGAAAUCCUUACUAAAGAUGCUGUGAAGGAUGGUAGGGUUUCUCUGGCAAGGGGUUCUUUGGAUGACAUACACUUCUCAAAAGUACAAGUUGAACAACCACCAAGCAACUGGAGCUAUCCGCCAAGAUAUGAGACUGUGGUUCCUCAAACAAAAUCAAAAACAAUACCAGACAGAGAUUUCAAUCUCUCCAAAGUGGUUGACUACCUGGCCAAUGAUGUUGGUAGCAGCUCUUUCUCCAAAAUGCAUGACACAAAACAUAAAGCAGAUGAGGGCAAGAGAGAAGGAGAGGGCAAGGAGAAACAGAAACGUGUCCUAAAACCCACCAUAGCAGUUCAAGAGCAUAAGCUCAAAAUGCCUCCAACAAACAUGCGCUCUUCAGCUUCAGACAAAGAGAUCAGUAAAGUAGCAGAUGCGCUUUUUGGAGCAGACACUGUGCUUGAAUCCCCUGAUGAUAUCUCACACGAACAGGAUAAAAGCCCCCUCUCAGACAGUGGCUUUGAGACCAGGAGUGAAAGGACACCCUCUGCCCCUCAGAGUGCAGAAGGCAUGGGUCCCAAGGCCCUAUUUCAGGAUAUCCCAGUUCCGCCAGUGAUCACUGAGACUAGGACUGAGGUUGUCCAUGUCAUCAGGAGCUAUGAGGCCGCAGAGGAUAACAAACAACUUGCAAUGGAGGAUGCACAUCCUGUCAGAUAUAUUGACUCAGAUUCUAAAGGGCAUCUCAAUCAAGCUACAUCAACUCCAGAACAGAAUAAAUGCUAUUCAAUAAAAGUCAGCCCUGAUGAGGAUCCAAUUGGAAAAGGGAUGAGAGUAAAGGAGGAGACUCACAUCACUACCACCACCAGGAUGGUGUACCACAAACCACCUGGCAAAGAAGCUGCAUCUGAGAGGUGUGAGGAAACUAUGUCUGUGCAUGACAUAAUGAAGGCUUUUCAGUCAGGCAAGGACCCAUCUAGAGAGCUGGCUGGACUGUUUGAACACAAGUCUGGCAAUGAGGAAAUGUCACAAAGAGUUCUUGAGGACAUCAACUCCAAACCUAAAGUUGAAAGAAUAAUUGAGGUUCAUAUUGAAAAAGGAAAUAAAACAGAACCAACAGAGGUCAUCAUCAGAGAGACAAAAAACCAUGCAGAGAAGGAAAUGUAUUACUACCCAGGGAAUAGACAUGAAGAGGAGGAGCCUGAGGAAUCACUUCCAGUGUACCUUGACUCCCCCAGAGUGAACACACCCAUGUCACAAGAGGAAGACAGUCGCCCUAGUUCAGCGCAGCUCAUGGCAGAUGACUCUUACAAAACUCUAAAGCUACUUAGCCAGCAAUCUGUAGAGUACAAUGAAGAUGAAUCGUCAGAGCUUAGGGGAGAAUCUUAUAAUUUUGCAGAGAAAAUGCUACUCUCUGAGAAAUUUGACCAGUCUCAUUCUGACACAGAGGAAUAUCUGAGAGAUAGGUCUCGUUUCCACUCACCAGACAGAAGCAGUCAUAGUGAGGGUAGAUCAGUUGGGCCAAGGACAGAGUAUGUCUUCAGGUCGCCGAGAAAUGUGUUUGACAAAUCUGGAAGAAUGGCCAGUGCUGAUGAUAACUUUGACAAAUUGACACUUUUGCAGUAUUCUUCUGAACCUGGUAGCCCAAAGCAAUCUGUUUGGAUGCGUGUGUCAGAUGACACACAGAGUAAGGAGAGAGAACAGCUUAUGUAUGAGGACAGAGUGGACAGGACUGUAAAGGAGGCAGAGGAAAAACUCAGUGAGGUAUCUCAGUUUUUUCGUGACAAAACGGAACAGCUCAACGAUGAGCUUUCAUCUCCAGAGAAGAAAUCUCGUAGACCAGACUUCAGAGAAUCACGAUCAGGGCCGAGCUCUACACAUAGCAGUCCAGAGAGGUCAGCCUACAGGAAUGGGGGUAGUGGGGAAGAGUGGACCAGAGAGAGGCUUAGAGACAGGUUCAGCUCAAAUGAUAGGAAAUGUGCCAGCUUACCCAGCAGUCCAGAGAGGAGAGUACUGCUGCAGUACAGUGAAUCCGACCCAAGAAAACAAGGAGAUGGUAAAUCACAGGGAAGCACAGGUGAAGGUUCUAAACCAUUUCAAAUGUCUUCCUCUAAAGUGAGUGCAGUAAGGCUAAAGUUUGAGCAAGAGGCUCAGAGGCAAGAUAGGAGUCCUCAGGGUGGCCAAAACUCAAAUCCUCCUAUUAGGAAACUCCAGGAAAGUAAAUUACCUGUGUAUCAGGUGUUUGCUGGUUCAAAUGUUCCAAAAACACCAGACAGUCCAGGAAACCAGAGGAGAUGUCUAGAUAGUGAAUCCAGUAAGUUCUCACCCAAGCAUGAGACCAGUGGAAAAGAUCAGGAGGAGAAAAAGUUAUUCAAAACUUGGGAGAGUCAAGGGUAUGGGAGCUAUAAACCCCAAUCUCCCAAACUAUCUCAUUCUUUAAUCCAUGAUUCUAUGAAAGAUGGAAAUAAUAGUGAUUCCCAAAGACAAGAAACAACCAAGAAAAUAAUCUACACAGAAUUUGUUGUUCGAGAAAGCCCAAAUAGCAAUGAUAGUCUAAAAAAAAACUCGGAAUCACAAAUUCCUGUUAAAAAGCCAUCUAAUUUCUCAGAAAAUCAUAAAUCCACCUCUCUAAAAUUAGAUGCCUCUGUUGAACCAUAUGAGAAGGUAGGGUCUCAUAUUCCUACUCUAGCUAGUAAUCGGUUACACAGUAGCUCUGAAUCCAACAAGUCUACUCGUGGAUCAUCAGUAGAAAAAUCCACAGACUCAUCAGAUGGAAGCCAGUCAAACAUAGUGUGUAAUGGUGUUGACCAAGUGGAGUAUUUGGAGCAAGUAACUCCUGUAGUUGUCACAGAGGGUUUCAAAGAUAUUAAACCCUUACCUGUGUAUGUUAGCAUCCAAGUAGGAAAGCAGUAUGAGAAAGAAACAGCCUCGGGGCAGCUGGGAACAUACAAAAAGAUAAUAAGCCAUGAGAGUAGGACAGUGCAUGAAACUAGGGGUGCAUUUUACACUGUCAAACAAAAACAGUCUCCAUCUCCUCAAGGAAGUCCGGAAGAUGACACUCUAGAACAAGUGACUUUCAUGGACAGCUCUGGGAAAAGUCCUGUUACCCCUGAGACCCCCAGCUCAGAGGAAAUGAGUCUGACCUCAAGAACACCAGACUCUGUAAUAGGCUUCAUGCCAGGCAUGCCAAGCCCUAUCCCAGAGGAGUCUGAGGAGGAAGAAGGAAAGACCUUCAUCUACAAGGAGCCCUUGAAGGAAAAAUCUAAACCAGCUUCCUCAGAGAAUCACAGUAGAAAACAGGAUACAGAGAGACAGAAGUCAAAGGAGAAAAGAGUUGCUUAUAUAGAGUUUCCACCUCCUCCUCCUUUAGAGACAGAGCAGUCUGACCCUGAGAAAAGGGGGUCGUGUGCCUCUUCUGAGGCAGAGACAGAGAUGAUGGAGGUGAACCUCCAAGAGGAACAUGAUAGGCACCUCUUAGCUGAGCCAAUCAUCAGGGUACAGCCUCCAUCCCCUAUACCCCCUGGAGCUGAUAACAGCGAUUCAAGUGAUGAUGAGUCUGUCUUCCAUCCCAUCCCCAUCAAAAGGUACACCUUCAAAAUGAAAGAGGAGGGGGAUAAACGCCCGAAACACAAACGAACAGAGAAAAACGGAAAUAAUAAGGAGUCUGGGAUCAAUGGUGUAGUAAAGGGGGAGGAUGCUGACUUUGAACAAAAUGGCAAUGACCAGUCAAUCACUGACUGCUCUAUAGCAACCACUGCUGAGUUCUCCCAUGACACAGAUGCAACUGAAAUAGACUCUUUGGAUGGGUAUGACCUUCAGGAUGAGGAUGAUGGACUGAGUGAGGAUCCUAAAACAUCGAGUCUGUCUAAUGAUGGAAAAACAACUGACCGCUCAUUCAGUCAGUCUAAGCUCGAAGUGAUAGAGGAAGAGAAAUGUGAAGAAGUGGGGGAUAAUGGAAAGUCUAAAACCAGCACAUCUUCAGCAAAAAGCAGUGGAGAUGAAAAGGAUUAUACCCUAGAAGGAAGACAUCCAGAUAGGCAGGGCUUUGGAGAAAACUACUUUGCCUACCAACUUGAAGAGGAGCUGAAUUCAACCUUCAAAACUGUUGCUACUAAAGGCCUGGACUUUGACCCCUGGUCCACCAAAGGGGGUGAUAAUGAUGGAGUUUUUGAGUCCAAAUCAAAAGAGGAGGAUCCCAAGCCCUUUGGUUUAUCGGUGGAGGACAAAUCACAGGCUACAACACCUGACACAACUCCCGCUCGAACACCGACUGAUGAGAGCACACCGACUAGUGAGCCUAACCCCUUCCCUUUCCAUGAAGGGAAGAUGUUUGAGAUGACCCGCAGUGGUGCUAUUGACAUGAGCAAGCGGGACUUUGUUGAAGAGAGGCUUCAGUUUUUCCAGAUUGGUGAGCAUUCCUCUGACCCUAAAACAGGGGAAAAGGGGAGAGGGGGCAAGAUCCUGGGGGUAAUUUCCUCUCAGUCAAAAACAGGGGAGAGGGCCACAGUAGAUGGGAAUGUGAAGGUUAUAGAUACUACCACAGACAGCAGCACUACACCAACAACACCAGCAGCAACAACAGCAAAAUGCAGCUCUGCGCAGCCUGGCAGUGACACUGGCUAUACCAGUACUGAUGCUCCCUCCUGUGAAGCCAUAGCUGAGACCGCCUCGUCAUGUACAAUCACAGCCUCUAAGGUUGAUCCCAAAUUACGCACUCCUAUUAAGAUGGGCAUAGCUGCCUCUAUAACUGUGAAAAAAGACUCAGGGGAUCUCACAGAUUGUAAAACUGAGAUGUCAGAGGGUCAGAUGGUGCCAGAAUACAUCAGUAUUGAGGGUCAGUGUACAGAGAGUCAAUCUAGCAGACACACUGAGUCCAAGUUAGAGAGUAGAGAUUAUCCUUCUGAAAACUGCAACAACAACAACAACCUCGAGUCCUCAAGUGUUCAGGCCAACUACAUUCAGUGUGGUAGUGUGGUGUUUAAUUUGCAGUCCUCCUCUGAGCCCACUCUUCAAAAAGCUAGCAGGAUAGAAACACUGUGUUGUAGGGAUUUAGAAGAGAGGGUGGAUUUACACAGCAGCAAUCAGGUGCAGGACCAGAAAAGUGAAACAGUUAAAGAAAGUGAAGUGAAGCAGCCGAGGUCAAGGCUUCCAGUUAAAGCAUCAGGGUGGUCAUUUCACACACAGGGAACAGCCAUUGGCAAACAGAAGCCCAAACAAGCAGUAACGGUUGAGGUCAGGAAAAGGGGAGAGCCAGCCAUAGCCAAAGUAGAGCCCAGGUCUAGAAUACCAAUCAAGGAUGUUAAAAAGAGCAGCCCCACUGCUGCAGCUAGCUCACUUGUUUCAGUUCGGGUUACCUCACAGCCAACAAGGGCAUUGGACUCAGAGAGAACAGCCAUACAAUUGCCCUCAAGGCUCCCACUGAAGGACAGGCAUCAGGUCAGCAAUGUCACAAAUGAGGGAGCAUGUAGACAGGACAGGCAGGAAAACCCUAGUGAAAUUUGUAAGCGCACCAUCGAAUACUUUAAAGACAUUAGCGGGGAGACGCUAAAGUUGGUGGACCGCCUGUCAGACGAGGAGAAAAAGACGCAGACAGAGCAGUCGGAGGAAGACAGCACCUCCCGGAGCACCUCUCUGUCGGACGCCUCCCAGCCUUCCCAGCCCUCCCAGCCCUCCCAGCCCUCCCGCUCAUCCAGGUCUGGUAGAGGUUCGAGGGCUGAGGCCGGGGCCGCGUCCGUAAGGGCAAAGGUGGCGACGACGGACAGGGCCUCCGGCAGUGAGAGGAGCAGGAGGAGUAGGCGGACUGGUGGGAAGGAGGGCAGUCAGGGACUCACAGGGUCUCGAACGCCUCCCAUCGCGGAGAUCAAGCCUAGUCCCCAAAGUCCUUGUGAGCGGACGGACUUGCGCAUGGCCAUCGUUGCAGAUCACCUGGGACUCAGUUGGACAGAGUUGGCCCGGGAGAUGAACUUCACAGUGGAUGAGAUCAACCACAUCAGACUAGAGAACCCCAACUCUCUGACAGCACAGAGCUUCAUGCUACUUAAGAAAUGGGUCAGUCGGGAAGGGAAAAACGCCACAACGGAUGCCUUAACUACAGUGCUGACCAAAGUCAAUCGGAUGGAUAUUGUGACUUUACUGGAGGGCCCAAUAUUUGACUAUGGUAACAUUUCAGGCACGAGAUGUUUUGCCGAUGAUAACGCUGUUUUCCGGGAUCAGGCUGAUGAUUAUCAGAGCAUUCUAGCGGAGCUGCAGUCCCCUGCUGCACUGCACUCUGACCCCCACUUCCUGGAGCCCGAACUCCCCAUCACCCCCAACCCUUCCCUUGCUCACCAUCAACCAGAGCCAGACACCCCUUUGCUGGCCGACUCCCAGCCUCAGCCCUUGCCCUGGAGCCCGGAGAUAGAGCCUGGUAGCGAAGAGCCAGACAGCCCUCCUAGGAGCCCCCCCAGACCCUGUGACCUUGCCCUAUCCUUCCCGGCCUUUGAACUCCCUGACCCUGUUCCUUCUAAGGUCAGAAAGCCCCACAUCGCUCUGAACGACCAGCUGCUUUUGAGCGAAGAGGAGGACAGGUCUUGUCAUGAAAUGGAGCUGAGCCACAAGCCCAGGUCUCACUCUUUCCCAGCGAUGUGCGAGUUAGACAUUGACAUGGCUUACUCCACAUCUUCCCCUUCUCUAUCAUCAGUAUCAUCUAUAACGCCUUCAUCGCCUGACAGAGCACAAGUGGUAGAUGCAGGAGUGCAGUUGGGUGCCCCCAAUGGGGUACAGGAGGAUGUAGGUUUAAAAGGAGGUGAAAUGGAAGUGACAGAAGAAAUAGAGAAGGUUGUUGAGAUGGUUGCAACAGAUUUAGCAGAGGGCAAUGGAUUAGUGGAAAAGUGGGUAGAGCAGGACCUGAUUAAAAAUGUGGAAAGAAAAUGUGAGUUGAUUACAAAAGAUAGGUCAAAGUUGGCAGAGGAAAAAAACAUAUUGGUGGAACAGAAGGAGGGGUCUGCGGAGGAAGAGAAAGAUGUGAUAGAUGAGCAGCAUGUUCUUGUUCAAGAUGAGAAGAAGGGGACAGCCUGUAAGGUGGAGGAGGUGAGAGAUGUGCAGAAUCUGUCAGAGGAGCAGCAGCAUAAUCUGAUAGAAAUUUGGCAUGAAGUGGGAAAAGACUGUACCACAAUAGAAGCGGUGACUGUCACAGAGGGUAUUGAUGAAAAACCAGAGGUGCAAAAGGUGGAUGGGGACAGUGAGGAAAGGGUCUACAAGGGUGACACAGAUGGAGAACUGCAGUUUAAGGAUGAAGGAGAGUUGUGUGGCAGUGAAAGAGAUAUUUACGGGACGUCAGAAGAGGACCAUGCAACCGAGGACCAGGCUGUAGCCCGUCUCUCCCCUCAGGCCUGGGUUGAGGCACUUGGAGAACUUCAGUCCAGUGAGUCUGAAUCCAAUGAGGAAGAGGAGGAGGGACACGGAGACAAACAAAGCACAGAAGAGGCAUUAGGGUCUCUGUUGGAGGAGGUGAAGAAAGAAGAAGGCUCAGAGGAGAAGGAGGAGGACAAAGAGAUGACCGAGGCCAGGGUUCAGGAGAUUCUUGAUCAGGUUGAACAGGCAGAAAAAGACAUGUGUUCACUUUCAGGUUGGCACAGUGAUUCAUCAAGCGUCAAUGUGGAACCACCGACGCCAGGCCGAAGUGUCAGCUCAGACCUGCUCGACAGACGGGAAAGCCAGGAGAACUCUAGUGACUCCAUCACAUCCUCGUCUAGGGGCGAAUCAGGGAGGUCCCGACAGAACGGCGACAGCUCAAAGCACUCACCUCAGGGCGGCUCCUCUGAGUCUUCGAAUGGCAGAAAAGAAGAGGGAGCGCUGGUGUCAGAGAAAAAAGUCCAGGGAGAAGAGGCAAAGAAUAUUCCAGGCGAGUCUGUUACAGAGGAACACUAUAUGGACCAAGACGGUAACCUCAUCAGUAGAAAAGUAAUAAGGAAGGUUAUUCGGAGGGUUUCUACUCCCACACCAGAAAACCAAGGAGGCGACAGGUGGCACCGAGACCUUCAGCACAGUCCCAUUCUGCAGGAAGACUGGUCUGAGCAAGGAGAAGUUUCAAGGAAUAGCAGGCGAAAGGAUGACAGAAGAUCAGGAGAUAAGAAGUUCCACUCAUAGGGAUGGUUGUGCUCUACCAGAUGUACAGGAACUGAGUUAGAUGUUUCCUGGCAAGAAGUGUUCAGAGGGCUGAAGAGCUACAGUGUGAGGCCUUCAGACAAGGGUCCAGUCUGCAACUAUCUGCUUCAAACAAAUGGUUUUCAUGUGAGAGGAGUCGACCCUUCUGACUUACGCAUGAGCAUGAAAAACUCACUUCCUGUCAAUCAAAAAGACCCAGGAGGUUCUCACUCUCUGACUGCAGUGGACUCGUGGACAAUGAUUCUGCUUCCUGUUUUUGUGUGAGACAAUACGUGCCAUCGGUCCACUGGUAAAGUGAGAGCCUUUUGAAGAGCAUCGUUUGUGGUGAAAACGAAAAAGACUCCGUUACUGACAACCACACAGGUGCAACUGUGACCAAAGAUGGCACAAGAGCUCAGUCCACAUGGUGGAUGGAAAGAAUGAAGUAGACACAAUAACACAAAAAAAUCUAAUGGAACACUUCUGAUUCAACUUCAACACUCGCCUUAUGGUUUUUUCUUGAACCCAUUGUUGUCAGGAUGUAAAUUGUUUUGGGAUUUUUUUCUUCCUUUUUAAAACUUAAACUAACACAAAAGCUUUUUCUGUAUAUAAAAUUACAAUGUGUAAAAUUCUUAAAAAAGGGUAAGUUACUGGUUGAGAACGCACUGAGGAGAGUAACCUUUUCAAGUGCUUUCAAAAUUUAUUGAAACAGUUCCACUUUUAAAGAUUUGAGUGUAACUUCACAGGUUCUUGUAUAAUUAAUUAUUAGAGCAGGUAUAAUGUUUGUACAUGAAAAAAAGCUGGUUUGAUUUUAACAGAAGAAAUUUCCAGAAAAUCAAAUUUCAGUAAUUCCCAAAGUGGGAGUGGAUCUAAUCCUGCAAAAAGCAGCCUUUCAGAGUACUCAUAUUUUCAUGCAUGCUGUUCACAUUAUUUUAAGUACAAUUUUUACAAGUUUGCAAACACUGUAUUCAAAUGACAAAUAAAAACCCUUUAUCUGUGUACACAUAUAGCCCAAACAUUUGUCACCGAUUUUAUAUUUUAAAUUGAAAAAGGAUACCAUUAAAGCAUUUAUCAUGAUGGGGUGAGAAUGAAAAAAAGUUCUAUAGCUUCUUGAGGGUGUGAUGUCUUGUCUGUGUAUGUAAAACCGGAGGGCAGCUUCUGCUACGAGAACGAAAUAAUCUGAAUGUAAAUGCUAGUAGGCUGGCUCGCUGUAAAAUUAUAACUGUAUUGUGCGUAUUGGCUAUAAGGUGUAGGAGUCUCUGUACACUGUUAGACUGUUCGUAAUCAUUUUAGCAGUGUGUCAAUUUGGUUUUCUAACGGCUGCUGUGGUAUUAAAGGAAAACGGGGGCAUUUCAUUUUGGAUUUUUUGGUGAAGUAUUUCCUUAAUUUAAAAUCCUACUCACAUUAAGGACACAUAAAGACAUUAUUUGAUUGUAGCUCUAAAUAGCAUAUUGUAUGACAAAAACACUGGAUGGUCAAAAACAAUUAUUUAAGCAUUAAAUAAAUUGUGUUUAACUCUGAAACUGUGUGAUCUUUUUAGGCUUGAGAGUCUGUAUAUGCAGUGUCGAAUAGAAUUGUUUUCACUAGCUCAUUGGCAAAAUUUUACUUUACAAUACAUUAGGAAUUAUCUUUGUAUUGGUUUUCAUUAGAUGCCCAUGUAGUUCAAGUGUGGUGUUCUACUGGUGCGAUGGCUCAGUAUGCUGAUGUCUGCUGUGGACAUGAAAACUAUGUAACUUUUUUUUUUUUUUUGGCGUGGGGAGGGGGGAAGGGGGGUUGAAGAAAGUCAGGUAGGGUGCUGUACCACAUCCCCUUAUACUACUAUGUCAAUCAAGGGGAAGAGGAUCCUUUGAUAUGGUUGAACUAUCAAUUUUGUCAAUUUUGUUUGAUAUGUGUUUUCACCUGAGCAGAUUUUUUGAUGUACAAUUCUUACUAACAGCGUGAAGCCAUUGAAAUGUAACUAUUCUAGCACUUUGGUUAUUCAAGGUCUUUUAGAGGCUAUAGCAGCAAUGAUGCCACCACAAAUGUUUCAGACGUCUUUAAAAAAAAUCAACCUAAAAAUAAAAAAAAUAAAAAUGCAUUGAUUUUGCAGUACAAUUGU